UCGCACUCAGGCUCACACACUCACCCUCCUCCAGCCCCACCGCCCCCACCAUGGCCGCGCCUGCCCUGUCCACCUGCUCCGGCGACCUGAGCUACGGCAGCCGGGUCUGCCUGCCCGGUCCCUGUGACUCCUGCACCGGCUCCUCCUGGCAGGUGGACGACUGCCCAGAGAGCUGCUGCGAGCCCCCCUGCUGUGCCCCGGCCCCCUGCCUGAGCCUCCUCUGUGCCCCAGCGAGCUGUGAGCCCUGUCCCUGCCCAUCUGCCUGCACCAGCUCCUGCACGGCCUUGUGCUGCCCGCAGUCUAGCUGCCAGCCCUCCUGCUGCACCUCCUCCCCCUGCCAGCAGGACUGCUGUGAGCCUGUGUGCUGCAGGCCCGUGUGCUGCAGGCCCGUGUGCUGCAGGCCCGUCUGCUGCAGGCCCGUGUGCUGUGAGCCCACCCUCUGCCCCUCAUCCUGCUGCAGACCCUCCUCCUGUGUGUCCCUGCUCUGCCGCCCUGUGUGCAGACCCGCCUGCUGUGCCCCCGCCCCCUCCUGCCAGCCCAGCUGCUGCCGCCCGGCCUCCUGCGUGUCCCUGCUCUGCCGCCCCAGGUGCUCCCGCUCAGCCUGCUGUGUCCCCGACUCAGCCUAGAAGCCCUGCUGCUGACCGGGCAGGUCCCCCCAGGGCCAGCCGGGCUCAGUUCCCACCAGUGACUUGGCCCCCAGCUUCCCCUCAGUCCUGACCUGAAUUAUGUGACUGUCCCCACUGAGGACAGGUCCUGCUAUGUAUCCAUUGUCGUGACCUGACUGACCUCUGACCACUGCUCCCAGGACCCCUUGACCUUGCUGUGCCCCAGGGCUCUUGCCUCCCAGGUGACCCUACCUGCCUCUGGGUCACCUGUCCCCCCUCCCCAUUUCUCUGCCGGGGUCACUUGGCCUCUCUUUCCAAACUGUCAGCACCUUCUCAGGCACCUGGAGGAAUAAACUCACUUCACCACCUCA